AUGUUUGCUGGUUCUACAAAACCGUCUCAAUCGACACCAACACCUACAACUUUUAACGAACGUCUAAAUGAGCAGCUGAUAAACUGCUUGAAUGUUCAAACGAAUGUGAUACAAAAUUUGGCACAAUAUUCACAACACAUUUCGUUACAAUUAUUUGAAAUUAAGAAUGUUGUCGAAAUGCUUUCAAACCGAGUUUUAGCUCUUCAACAGCAACAACAACAACCUCAUUUUGCACCGAAUCACUAUGCAGCACCUUACUAUCCGAAUUACAUGCCACAUCCACCACCAACUUCUCAUCACCCUCCUGCUUCUACUCAAAUGCCGCCAAAUAUUCCGCCACAGCCAACGAUGCCAGUGCGCAUGCCAAAUGUGAGUGCAGCAAUAGCAAGCUCGCAUCCACCAUUUUUUAAUCCAACUAACACUGCAAAUCCACCGCCAACAAUACCAUCAGCUGCUCCAUCAUUUCGAUUCGGAGUCACAGGAACAGUACCAGCAUCAUCGACACAAUCAACAAUAACAAAUAGCCUACCAACAACAGCAACUACAACGCCGACAAAAUCUAUUUUCUCUAUUCCACAGCAAUUUUCUGCUCCUGAUCUUAACACCAAACAACCAUCAGCAUUGCCAGUAACGACAGCAACAAAUACUGCUGUAAAAGAUGCUAAACCGACAAACAACACUCCAUUUUCAUUUGGUGGCACCAGUAGUCUUGGAUCGAUUUUUGGCACUGCAAGUUUUCCUUCUACUGUUCCAGUUAAUUCAGCAGCUAAACAAGAAACGAACGCUGAUGAUGAUGGCGAAGGCGGUGGCGAAGAUGAUUCCUACGAACCUGACAUUUCUUUCAAACCGAUUAUUACCCUCUCGGCUGUUGAAGUUAAAACAGGAGAAGAAGAUGAAAACGUUUUAUACUGUGAACGUGCGAAGCUUUAUCGAUUCGAUGCAGCAACCAACCAAAUGAAGGAACGUGGCAUUGGCGAAAUAAAGAUCUUACAACAUAAGACAAAAAACAUCUGCCGAAUUUUGAUGCGUCGCGAACAAGUUUUGAAAAUAUGCGCUAACCAUCAAAUAUCAUCCCAAAUGGAACUCAAACCACAUCAAGGUUCAGCGAAUGCUUUUCUCUGGUCGGCUACCGAUUUUGCCGAUGGUGAAGCUAAGCAUGAAACAUUAUGUGUAAAAUUCAAAACCGAUGAACAAGCAAAGAAGUUUGCAAAAGUAUUCAAUGAAGCGAAAGAAAUGCAUGGUAAAAAACCAGGAGAUUUACCAGCCGUUGGAAAAAUCUCCUUGAAUGACGAUGAUGUGAUUUCUAUUGGUGAAGUAAAACCAUCGGCAGAACAAAUCGAUCGUGCUAAGAAACUCCAAUUGCCAUCCACAUUCUAUUUGUAUGAAAACAAAGAACCAUGUAAAGGUUGUCCAGGUUGCAAAGAAGAUACACCACCAAGUACGGCUAGCGAGAAUAAAGCUGCAGCAAAUACGGCUAAAACUGAAACGAAAUCUUCUGCUCCACAAACACCAUCGACAGCACCAGUAACGAAGACGCCGUUGAGUUCAAGUGAAAAUAUUAAAUCUUUAUUUGGAAAUGCUGACAAAACUCAACCGCAAAUUCAAAAACAAACAUCAACUACAAAAGAUGAUAAAACAUCUGCUGAAGCUUCUACUCCAACUUCAAAUGCCACAUCACAAUAUGAUAAUAAGCCAUCUAUUUUUGAAAAUUUCAAUGGUACUUCUACUUCAUCAGUUUUUGGAAGUUCUACUCCAACAAACAAUACCAGCAGUUCCAUUUUUGGCGGCGCUCCAUCACUUAAACCAGCGAACAAUGGUUUUUCGUUUCCUGGCUUCGGCGGUGCUUCUUCAGGAACACCAUCUAGUGGAUUUCAAUUCUCUACACCAGCCGCAACAAAUAACACAGCAGACACAAAACCAACAUUUUCAUUUGGAUCCGCUGCUGCCUCUUCGAAUGCAAAUAGUAACUCAUCGUUUUCAUUUGGAUCAGCAGCUGCUGACAAACCAUUAUUCGGAAAUACACCGAAAUGCAGCUUCGCUGACUUAGCUAAACAACCAGUGACAAAAGAUGAUAAAUCAACAACUAAUGGUUCUGAACGAGUUUUCGCUGGCCAAGGCACGCUUAUUUUCGGUACCAGCUCAGUCAAUAAUACCAAAACAACAAACAACAAUGACGAAGAUGAUGGUGAAGGUGGCGGCGAAGAUGAUUCCUAUGAACCCAAUGUAUCUUUCAAACCAAUUGUUACUCUGUCCGCUGUUGAAGUUAAAACAGGAGAAGAAGAUGAGAAUGUCUUAUUUUGCGAACGUGGCAAACUUUAUCGUUUCGAUGCCGAAAGCAAUCAAAUGAAGGAACGUGGUAUUGGUGAAAUGAAAAUCUUACAACACAAAACAACGAAAGUGUGCCGAAUCUUAAUGCGUCGCGAACAAGUUUUGAAACUAUGUGCCAACCAUCAGAUUUCAUCCCACAUGGAAUUGAAACCACAUCAAGGAUCUGAGAACGCCUACGUUUGGUCUUGUAUGGAUUUUGCCGAGGGCGAAGCUAGACAUGAAACAUUAUGUGUAAAAUUUAAAUCUAAUGAAGUAGCUAAACGAUUUGUUAAACAAUUCAAUGAUGCCAAAGAAGGAACUGCUAAUGCUCAGCAAUAA